UAUUUUGUGCUUCUCAUUAACUUGAAUUCUGAUAAUAUGCAGAUGAAGGAUAUGGCUUUGAAAUUUUCAGGAGCUUACAAGCAAUGCAAGCCCUGCACAGGCUCCAGCAGCUUCAAGAAAGGGAGUCGACCGUAUCCGGAUUUUGAUGCUGCUUCUGAAGGGGUUCCAUACCCCUACAUGGGUGGCAGCACUAGUUCUACACCUGCGUGGGACUUCACCAGUGCCAAUCAUCAUCCAGGAAGAUCAGACUCUAGAUUCACCGGGGUAUUCAGUGGUGAUAGAACUCCUGGCUAUAGGGAAUCUUUCUCGGCCAAGGAUAUGGUGUUGGAAGAUGAGGAUGAGCCUAAGGAAUGGAUGGCACAAGUGGAACCCGGGGUUCAUAUAACUUUUGUAUCCCUUCCUAAUGGAGGAAAUGAUCUAAUACGGAUUCGGUUCAGUCGGGAGAUGUUCAACAAGUGGCAAGCGCAACAGUGGUGGGGUGAGAAUUAUGAUAGAAUCAUGGAGCUUUAUAAUGUUCAGAGAUUUAACCGUCAGGCAUUACAUACUCCCACGAGAUCUGAAGAUGAGACGCAAAGGGAUUCGUCUUAUUCGAGGAUGGGAGGAGAAAGAUUUGGAGAAGUAAAUGCGAAGCAGUGGUGGGAGGAGAACAGAUUUAGGAUACAAGCACAUUGCUGCAAAGAAUUAAAGGGAUGGGAUAGAAGCAGUGGAAGUAAAUUUGUUUUGUAUUUGGAUGUUCCCUCUCAAUUUUGGCAACAAAAUACGUUCCAUACGUAA